AUGGACCCACGCAACCCUUCUCAUCCCUCCUCGUUGUACAAUGCCAAUUUCCCCAGUGCAGCUCCCCUGCCCAUUGGAAACGCCAACGGAUUCAUGCCGAAUCCAAUCCCCGCAUACGUUCCUCAACCCGGCAAUGCCCCAGCGCAAGCCAACAACCCCUACGGUUUUCCGCUCAACAUGGUGCGCGCCGCUGCUGGAGCUGCCCAAAAUUCGUUCCAAGCCGCAUACAAUCCUCCCCCGCUAAUCAACAUCGGGCAUGCCACACACGUUCAGUUUUUUAUUAAUACCUAUCCAUUGCAACCUCCAGCUGCUGUUCCCCCACAGCGUCCACCCGUGCCUCUUCAACCCCCCGGCCCCUCAGAAGCUUGCACCGCAGUUCCGCCCCCUUACUCGGCUCAGGGGUUUCCCCAGGAGAACAAGCCUCCACCCGUAUCGCAGAAUGCAUACCAGCACCACGGUGCUGGGCCCGCAGUGGGCUUUGCUGCCGCCUCUCUACCCCAAGUAAAUGCUUCGUCGGCGUCGACCGGUCAAGAGCACCUCGGGGAAGACUGUGAGGAGUACAAACCAAGGAAGGCAGCCAAGCGCUAUGACAUAUCGCGGGACAUGGAUUUUCUCCCCCUGAAAGAGGUAGACAAACACGGCAAUCAGCUAUUCCAUUGUCUUAGGGAGAAGUGUGGCACAGUAAUCAUUGCUGACAGUUAUCGGAGCCACUUCAACUCGACCAAGCACCAAGGUUCAGCAGGAGAGAUGCCUCUGACGAGGCACUGGGCAGAUUCGCCCUGUACAAGGCAACGCCUAGAGCUAGAGACGGGCGCGCAGCCACCAUCCUCAGCUACUAGUGAAGGUUCAACGAGGUCAACGAGUUCGGCUUCGCCUGCGGCAGCACCCACUGUGCCUCUCACUUUCCUCGCGCCCGCAACCCCCGCGUCAAUGUCCAUUGGAUCAACGACAUCUAAUGUCACAGAUAACGUGCAAAUCCCACCCCAAGCAGACGAGGUUGCGCAGUCGCAGGGCAUGGCCGUUAUUGCGGACCCCUUACUUCCCUGUUCCUGCGUCGUCUGA